CUAGAAGUACAAGCAACUGAGAAAUGGCCUCUGGCAUUCAUGUUUUUUCGGCCGGCACCACGGCGAGCCAGUCCACACAAAAACACGCGCUCCACUGUGUAGAGUAACCGAAAGCACACACUCAUCGCUCACGUAGUUCUACAAAAACUUCUAGUCCACCGCAGGAGGGUUGCUGUCCGUCUCGACCAGGAUUAUGACAGCGCUAGAAGUAGCCUGACCAGAAUAAAAUCGGUUGCGCAAUAUGAUGGCCGCCCCGGUACGGGAGGAAAAUUUGUCCGUAAAUCCGAUGUUGUUGUGGAUAACUCAUGCAGAUAAGCGUCUUCAAAGGUGUCAGCUGGUCAAACAGUAGGUACAAGGCUGCGCAAAUUUGUCAUGUAGAAACUGCAUCACAGGCUGCGGCAGAAGACUUUACGAAGAAAUUUUCCGCCGAUACGCCGACCAGAAUGAUGGGCCGAUACGCAUUGCAAAUAUGUCUGGGUCUGGAUUUGUGAUGGUGGAGUUUCGUGACGCCAAGAUCUGUAUUGCAUGAAGGGAAUUCUACUCAUGCUUCUUUGUCGUGCUGGAAGAUGGCAGUUUGUCAUGCUAAAUACGGAAAAUAAAGAACUCGCAAUUAGACCCGAAAAACCCGUAAUGCGUCCAUGCCGUACAACAAGCUGCUUUGUCAUGCAAGGCUUAGCAUGACUGUUAUCCAGAACCAACCACAUUUGCAGUGUAUAGCUGAUCAUCCAGAUCAACAUGGCCUGUAUCAUACAGAAAAGCACACCCAAGAUAGCACCAGGGAAAAAGAUAAUUUGUGUUGCUUCAUUUGUCGCGCAGAGAGCUCUGUGAUGCGGAGACCGCAGGGAAAACAGUUCUCACUCAUGCAGAAUGCAGCCUGUGACGCGUUUUGUCGAUUGCGAAAGAGGUGCCAAAGAAGUUUGUCAUGCGGAACAGCCGAGAUGAUCUCUUUGGCUACACGGAAACAGCAACACAAAUUUGGGUUUAUUCCUGGUAUCAUGGCUGGAGUUUCUUGCUUGAUAGCCUGGCUCGAGUACCUGCCGCGCUUCUCCCUGGUAUCCAAAAUAACUUUCCAAAGGCGACAAAGUCUGUGCUGGAUUGAUACCCGAUGCAACUAUCGAAACAGGCUUGCAUGACCCGUGCGCGCAUCUAGCCAGGGAGACAAGCCCCUUGCCUACUGGAGAAAACUCUCGGACAGGCUCUUCCCUAAUGAGCAGAUGCAUCUUCUGGCCAGCGGAAGUUUGACCCUUCCGCUUGCUAGAUGCAAUCCCACUGCUAGGAGACUCGGCCUGGCAUCCAGCCAGGGAGAAAGGCCCUUUGCCUACUGGAGCAAACUAGGCAAGGUCUGUCGCCGUAUGAGAGUGCAUCUGGCCAGCAGAACUUUGAAACUUCCGCUGGCCAGAUGCACUCCCAUCAAUAGGCCACUCGGUCUUGCACCUAGCCAGGCAGAAGAGCCCUUUGCCUACUGGAGCAACCCAGGGAGGCACGGCCCUUCCCCGUGUGAGGAUGCAUCUGGCCAGCGGAAGUUUGAAACUUCCGCUGGCCAGAUGCACUGCCAUCAAUAGGCGACUCGGCCUUGCAUCCAGCCAGGGAGAAAGGCCCUUUGCCUACUGGAGCAAACUAGGCAAGGUCUGUCGCCGUAUGAGAGUGCAUCUGGCCAGCAGAACUUUGAAACUUCCGCUGGCCAGAUGCACUCCCAUCAAUAGGCCACUCGGUCUUGCACCUAGCCAGGCAGAAGAGCCCUUUGCCUACUGGAGCAACCCAGGGAGGCACGGCCCUUCCCCGUGUGAGGAUGCAUCUGGCCAGCGGAAGUUUGAAACUUCCGCUGGCCAGAUGCACUGCCAUCAAUAGGCGACUCGGCCUUGCAUCCAGCCAGGGAGAAAGGCCCUUUGCCUACUGGAGCAAACUAGGCAAGGUCUGUCGCCGUAUGAGAGUGCAUCUGGCCAGCAGAACUUUGAAACUUCCGCUGGCCAGAUGCACUCCCAUCAAUAGGCCACUCGGUCUUGCACCUAGCCAGGCAGAAGAGCCCUUUGCCUACUGGAGCAACCCAGGGAGGCACGGCCCUUCCCCGUGUGAGGAUGCAUCUGGCCAGCGGAAGUUUGAAACUUCCGCUGGCCAGAUGCACUGCCAUCAAUAGGCGACUCGGCCUUGCAUCCAGCCAGGGAGAAAGGCCCUUUGCCUACUGGAGCAAACUAGGCAAGGUCUGUCGCCGUAUGAGAGUGCAUCUGGCCAGCAGAACUUUGAAACUUCCGCUGGCCAGAUGCACUCCCAUCAAUAGGCCACUCGGUCUUGCACCUAGCCAGGCAGAAGAGCCCUUUGCCUACUGGAGCAACCCAGGGAGGCACGGCCCUUCCCCGUGUGAGGAUGCAUCUGGCCAGCGGAAGUUUGAAACUUCCGCUGGCCAGAUGCACUGCCAUCAAUAGGCGACUCGGCCUUGCAUCCAGCCAGGGAGAAAGGCCCUUUGCCUACUGGAGCAAACUAGGCAAGGUCUGUCGCCGUAUGAGAGUGCAUCUGGCCAGCAGAACUUUGAAACUUCCGCUGGCCAGAUGCACUCCCAUCAAUAGGCCACUCGGUCUUGCACCUAGCCAGGCAGAAGAGCCCUUUGCCUACUGGAGCAACCCAGGGAGGCACGGCCCUUCCCCGUGUGCGGGUGCAUCUGGCCAGCGGAAGUUUGAGACUUCUGCUGGUCAGAUGCACUGCCGUUAUUAGGCGACUCGGCCUUGCAUAUAGCCAGCGAGAAAGGCCCUGUGCCUACUGGAGCAAACUAGGCAAGGUCUGUCGCCGUAUGAGAGUGCAUCUGGGCAGCAGAACUUUGAAACUUCCGCUGGCCAGAUGCACUCCCAUCAAUAGGCCACCCGGUCUUGCACCUAGCCAGGCAGAAGAGCCCUUUGCCUACUGCACCAACACAGGGAGGCGCGGCCCUUCCCCGUGUGCGGGUGCAUCUGGCCAGCGGAAGUUUGACACUUCCGCUGGCCAGAUGCACUGCCAUCAAUAGGCGACUCGGCCUGGCAUCCAGCCAGGGAGAAAGGCCCUUUGCCUACUGGAGUAAAAAACUAGGCAAGGUCUGUCGCCGUAUGAGAGUGCAUCUGGCCAGCAGAACUUUGAAGCCUCCGCUGGCCAGAUGCACUCCCAUCAAUAGGCCACUCGUUCUUGCACCUAGCCAGGCAGAAGAGCCCUUUUGCCUACUGGAGCAACCCAGGGAGGCGCGGCCCUUCCCCGUGUGAGGGUGCAUCUGGCCAGAUGCACUGCCAUUAUUAGGCGACUCGGCCUUGCAUCUAGCCACCAAGAAAGGCCCUGCGCCUACUGGAGCAAACUAGGCAAGGUCUGUCGCCGUGUGAGAGUGCAUCUGGGCAGCAGAACUUUGAAACUUCCGUUGGCCAGAUGCACUCCCAUCAAUAGGCCACUCGGUCGCGCGCCUAGCCAGGCAGAAGAGCCCUCUGCCCACUGGAGCAACCCAGGGGGGCGCGGCCCUUCCCCGUGUGAGGGUGCAUCUGGCCAGCGGAAGUUUGAAACCUCCGCUGGCCAGAUGCACUGCCAUCAAUAGGCGACUCGGCCUUGCAUCCAACCAGGGAGAAAGGCCCUUCGCCUACUGGAGCAAACUAGGCAAGGCCCUUCCCCGUGUGCGGGUGCAUCGGGCCAGCGGAAGUUCGAAACCUCCCCUGGCCAGAUGCAUUGCCAUCAAUAUUAUAAGCGGGACUCGCACUUGCAUCUACCCAGGGAGAAAAACCCUUUGCCUACUGGAGCAAACUAAGCAAGGUCUGUCGCCGUAUGAGGGUGCAUCUGGCCAGCGGAAGUUUGAAACCUCCGCUGGCCAGAUGCACUGCCAUCAAUAGGCGACUCGGCCCUCCAUCUAGCCAGGGAGAAAGGCCCUGUGCCUACUGAAGCAAACCAGGCAAGGCCCUUCCCCGUGCGCGGAUGCAUCUGGCCACCGGGGGUUUGAAACUUCCCCUGGCCAGAUGCAUUCCCACAGGCAGGCGCGCCCUCGACCGUGCAUCUAGCCAGGGAGAAAAGCCCUUUGCCUACUGGAGCAAACUAUCUAGGCAAGGUCUGUCGCCGUAUGAGAGUGCAUCUGGCCAGCGGAACUUCGAAACUUCCGCUGGCCAGAUGCACUCCCAUCAGCAGGCGACUCGGUCUUGCAUCUAGCCAGGGAGAAAAGACCUUUGCCUACGGGAGCAACCCAGGAAGGCGCGGCCCUUCCCCGUGUGGGGAUGCAUCUGGCCAGCGGAAGUUUGAAACUUCCGCUGGCCAGAUGCACUACCAUCAAUAGGCGACUCGGCCUUGCAUCCAGCCAGGAGGAAAGGCCCUUUGGCUACUGGAGCAAACUAGGCAAGGUCUGUCGCCGUAUGAGAGUGCAUCUGGCCAGCAGAACUUUGAAACUUCCGCUGGCCAGAUGCACUCCCAUCAAUAGGCCACUCGGUCUUGCACCUAGCCAGGCAGAAGAGCCCUUUGCCUACUGGAGCAACCCAGGGGGGCACGGCCCUUCCCCGUGUGAGGAUGCAUCUGGCCAGCGGAAGUUUGAAACUUCCGCUGGCCAGAUGCACUGCCAUCAAUAGGCGACUCGGCCUUGCAUCCAGCCAGGGAGAAAGGCCCUUUGCCUACUGGAGCAAACUAGGCAAGGUCUGUCGCCGUAUGAGAGUGCAUCUGGCCAGCAGAACUUUGAAACUUCCGCUGGCCAGAUGCACUCCCAUCAAUAGGCCACUCGGUCUUGCACCUAGCCAGGCAGAAGAGCCCUUUGCCUACUGGAGCAACCCAGGGGGGCACGGCCCUUCCCCGUGUGAGGAUGCAUCUGGCCAGCGGAAGUUUGAAACUUCCGCUGGCCAGAUGCACUGCCAUCAAUAGGCGACUCGGCCUUGCAUCCAGCCAGGGAGAAAGGCCCUUUGCCUACUGGAGCAAACUAGGCAAGGUCUGUCGCCGUAUGAGAGUGCAUCUGGCCAGCAGAACUUUGAAACUUCCGCUGGCCAGAUGCACUCCCAUCAAUAGGCCACUCGGUCUUGCACCUAGCCAGGCAGAAGAGCCCUUUGCCUACUGGAGCAACCCAGGGGGGCACGGCCCUUCCCCGUGUGAGGAUGCAUCUGGCCAGCGGAAGUUUGAAACUUCCGCUGGCCAGAUGCACUGCCAUCAAUAGGCGACUCGGCCUUGCAUCCAGCCAGGGAGAAAGGCCCUUUGCCUACUGGAGCAAACUAGGCAAGGUCUGUCGCCGUAUGAGAGUGCAUCUGGCCAGCAGAACUUUGAAACUUCCGCUGGCCAGAUGCACUCCCAUCAAUAGGCCACUCGGUCUUGCACCUAGCCAGGCAGAAGAGCCCUUUGCCUACUGGAGCAACCCAGGGGGGCACGGCCCUUCCCCGUGUGAGGAUGCAUCUGGCCAGCGGAAGUUUGAAACUUCCGCUGGCCAGAUGCACUGCCAUCAAUAGGCGACUCGGCCUUGCAUCCAGCCAGGGAGAAAGGCCCUUUGCCUACUGGAGCAAACUAGGCAAGGUCUGUCGCCGUAUGAGAGUGCAUCUGGCCAGCAGAACUUUGAAACUUCCGCUGGCCAGAUGCACUCCCAUCAAUAGGCCACUCGGUCUUGCACCUAGCCAGGCAGAAGAGCCCUUUGCCUACUGGAGCAACCCAGGGGGGCACGGCCCUUCCCCGUGUGAGGAUGCAUCUGGCCAGCGGAAGUUUGAAACUUCCGCUGGCCAGAUGCACUGCCAUCAAUAGGCGACCCGGCCUUGCAUCCAGCCAGGGAGAAGGGCCCUUUGCCUACUGGAGCAAACUAGGCAAGGUCUGUCGCCGUAUGAGAGUGCAUCUGGCCAGCAGAACUUUGAAACUUCCGCUGGCCAGAUGCACUCCCAUCAAUAGGCUCCGCGGUCUUGCACCUAGCCAGGCAGAAGAGCCCUUUGCCUACUGGAGCAACCCAGGGAAGCACGGCCCUUCCCCGUUUGAGGGUCCAUCUGGCCAGCGGAAGGCUGAAACUUCCGCUGGCCAGAUGCACUGCCAUCAAUAGGCGACUCGGCGUGGCAUCCAGCCAGGGAGAAAGACCCGUUGCCUACUGGAGCAAACUAGGCAAGGUCUGUCGCCGUAUGAGAGUGCAUCUGGCCAGCGGAAUUUUGAAACUUGCGCUGGCCAGAUGCACUGCCAUCAAUACGCGACUCGGGCUUGCAUCUAGCCGGGGAGGAGAGCCCUUUGCCUACUGGAGCAACCCAGGGAGGCACGGCCCUUCCCCGUGUGAGGGUGCAUCUGGCCAGCGGAAGUUUGACACCUCCGCUGGCCAGAUGCACUGCCAUCAGUGGGCGACUCGGCCUUGCAUCCAGCCAGGGAGAAAGACCCAUUGCCUACCGGAGCAAACCAGGCAAGGUCUGUCGCCGUAUGAGAGUGCAUCUGGCCAGCAGAACUUUGAAACUUCCGCUGGCCAGAUGCACUCCCAUCAAUACGCCCCUCGGUCUUGCACCUACCCAGGCAGAAGAGCCCUUCGCCUACUGGAGCAACCCAGGGAGGCACGGCCCUUCUCCGUGUGAGGGUGCAUCUGGCCAGCGGAAGUUUGACGCACUGCCAUCAAUAGGCGACUCGGCCUUGCAUCCAGCCAGGGAGAAAGGCCCUUUGCCUACUGGAGCAAACUAGGCAAGGUCUGUCGCCGUAUGAGAUUGCAUCUGGCCCGCAGAACUUUGAAAAUUCCGCUGGCCCGAUGCACUCCCAUCAAUAGGCCACUCGGUCUUGCACCUAGCCAGGCAGAAGAGCCCUUUGCCUACUGGAGCAACCCAGGGAGGCGCGGCCCUUCCCCGCGUGAGGGUGCAUCUGGCCAGCGGAAGUUUGAAACUUCCGCUGGCCAGAUGCGCUGCCAUCAAUAGGCGACUCGGCCUUGCAUCCAGCCAGGGAGAAGGAAGCGCCCCUUGCCUACUGGAGCAAGCUCAGCAAGGUCUGUCGCCGUAGGAGAGUGCAUCUGGCCAGCGGGGCUCUGAAACUUCCGCCGGCUAGAUGCACUCCCAUCAGUAGGCGACUCGGUCUCGCAUCUAGCCAGGGAGAAGAGCCCUGUGCCUACCGGAGCAAACCAGGCACGGCCCUUCCCCGUGUGGGGGUGCAUCUGGCCAGCGGAAGUUCGAAACCCCCCCCGGCCAGAUGCACUCCCACAGGCAGGCGCGCCCUCGACCGUGCAUCCAGCCAGGGAGAAAGGCCCUUUGCCUACUGGAGCAAACUAGGCAAGGUCUGUCGCCGUAUGAGAGUGCAUCUGGCCAGCGGAAUUUUGAAACUUCCGCUGGCCAGAUGCACUGCCAUCAGUACGCGCCUCGGGCUUGCAUCUCGCCGGGGGGGAGAGCCCUUUGCCUACUGGAGCAACCCAGGGAGGCGCGGCCCUUUCCCGUGGGAGAGACAAACACACACGACCGGGCCAAGUUUUGGUGGUCCGGUAGCUCCGAAACACGGGUAGGCGCAGGUGGUCGGGUGGCUCGCAAACAGCGACGGAAAGCGGCCGCCCCAAAGGGACAAAGAAACACACACGACCGGGCCAAGUUUUGGUGGUCCGGUAGCUCCGAAACACGGGCAGACGCAGGUGGUCGGGUGGCUCGCAAACAGCGACGGAAAGCGGCCGCCCCAAAGAGACAAACACACACGACCGGGCCAAGUUUUGGCGGUCCGGUAGCUCCGAAACACGGGCAAAGGCAGGUGGUCGGGUGGCUCGCAAACAGCGACGGAAAGCGGCCGCCCCAAAGAGACAAACACACACGACCGGGCCAGGUUUUGGUGGUCCGGUAGCUCCGAAACACGGGCAGACGCAGGUGGUCGGGUGGCUCGCAAACAGCGACGGAAAGCGGCCGCCCCAAAGAGACAAACACACACGACCGGGCCAAGUUUUGGCGGUCCGGUAGCUCCGAAACACGGGCAGACGCAGGUGGUCGGGUGGCUCGCAAGCAGCGACGGAAAGCGGCCGCCCCAAAGAGACAAACACAAACGACCGGGCCAAGUUUUGGUGGUCCGGUAGCUCCGAAACACGGGCAGACGCAGGUGGCCGGGUUGCUCGCAAACAGCGACGGAAAGCGGCCGCCCCAAAGAGACAAAGAGACACACACGACCGGGCGAGAUUUUGGUGGUCCGGUAGCUCCGAAACACGGGCAGAGGCAGGCGGUCGGGUGGCUCGCAAACAGCGACGGAAAGCGGCCGCCCCAAAGAGACAAACACACACGACCGGGCCAGGUUUUGGCGGUCCGGUAGCUCCGAAACACGGGCAGAAGCAGGUGGUCGGGUGGCUCGCAAACACACAGCGACGGAAAGCGGCCGCCCCAAAGAGACAAACACACACGACCGGGCAAAGUUUUGGCGGUCCGGUAGCUCCGAAACACGGGCAGACGCGGGGGGGUCCGGUGGCUCGCAAACAUUGACGGAAAGCGGCCGGCCCAAAGAGACAAACACACACGGCCGGGCAAAGUUUUGGCGGUCCGGUAGCUCCGAAGCACGGGCAGAAGCGGGCGGCCCGGUGGCUCGCAAACAUUGACGGAAAGCGGCCGCCCCAAAGAGACAAACGCACACGACCGGGCAAAGCUUUGGUGGUCCGGUAGCUCCGAAACACGGGCAGACGCGGGUGGUCCGGUGGCUCGCAAACGUUGACGGAAAGCGGCCGCCCCAAAGAGACAAACACACACGACCGGGCAAAGUUUUGGCGGUCCGGUAGCUCCGAAACACGGGCAGAAGCGGGCGGCCCGGUGGCUCGCAAACAUUGACGGAAGGCGGCCGCCCCAAAGAGACAGACACACACGGACGGGCCAGGUUUUGGCGGCCCGGCACCCCGUCCCCCCGUGGAGAAAACUGCCCAAGGCCUGCGCUCACAUAGGUGAGCACGUGGUCGGCGGGCGUCAAAAUGUCGAUGGCUCGCCGCGCUGUCCCGGCCCUGGGGUUCUCCUGCGCACAUCUGUUUGGCAUUUCGCACAGACUAGGUCUCGCUUUUCUGUCCAUACCAGCGUCGGUUUUUUUACGGUGGAGAUGGCGAGGGGCUAAUCGGUAUGCACUGUAAGACGCAAAAUCCGCCACACAAUACGUCUGAUGCACGAGGAAUGCACGCCGGGCAUGAGAUGCAUUUCGCGGGCCUCUAGCGUUUCUCGCUUCUCUCCAUCGGGGAAAAGCAGUGCGAAGGCCCAGCGACCUCGGCUGCCAGAUGCGACUGCAAGUAGUCGAGCCUCAGCUUUUUGCAUAUAAAGAGGAUCCAAAAGUUGCUUUCAACUAAAAACGAUUCGAAAAUGUGUGCUGGGGACGGAUUUUUUCCGGAGGAGAAACGACGAUGAGGCACCAGCAGGGCAAGCUGUUGUAUCCUACACACUGAGCACGCUCACAUUCUCGUAUCCAAAAUACCUAGAUGGCAACUCCAAAAGACGGGUGGCGAAUAUGUGGAACGACGACCGAAUUAGCUCGUUUCGGCUUCCAUUUUGUGAGGGGUAGAAUAAGUGCAUCAGAAGCAUUUUGAAAACAGCGCGCUUUCAAUUUGUGGAACCGCGACCCAAUUAGGUUCUUUUGGGGUCCUUUUUUCCGGGCCCGAAGAAGGUAAGAAUGGGGGCGGCGAAAGGAGCGCUCCCAAUUUGUGGAACCACGGGCGAAUUAGGUUCAAGCAGAGGCCUCUUUUUCCGCUCACGCGGAUGCCGGUGUGGCCUUAAAUCGAACUGCCAAUUUGUGGAACCACGACCGAAUUAGGUUCGUUUCCGGUUCCAUUUUGUGAGAGGUAGACUAAGUGCUUCGGAAGCAUUUAAAAAACAGCGCGUUUUUAUUUUGUGGAACCACGAGCAAAUUAGGUUCUCUUGGUGUCCUGUUUUCCGGGCCCGAAAAAGGUAAGAAUGAGGCUGAAGAAAGCAGCACUGCAAAUUUGUGGAACGACGAGCGAAUUAGGCUCAUUUGGGGCCACAUUUUCCCGCGCCCGCGGAUGGCUGUGCGCUUCUAAUUUGUGGAACCGCGGGCGAAUUAGGUUCAUUUCGGGCUACAGUUUCUGAAGGGUCAGAGAAGCACCUUCGAGCGCUUCGAAAGAAACGCGCUUUCAAUUUGUGGAACCGCGACCGGCUUAGGUUAUUUUCCGGGCCUUUUUUCCAGGCCUGCGGGAUGGAAGACCGAUGCUUGAAAAGCAGCAAUUCUAAUUUGUGGAACCACGAGCGAAUUAGCUUCGUUCGAGGUCUUAUUUUCCCAGGGCCGCGGGAUGAGGCGCAUUCGAAAUGCCACGUCUUUAAUUUGUGGAACCACGACCGGAUUAGGUUCUUUUGGGGCCCUCUUUUCCGGGCCCUGGGGCUGGAAGAAAGGGCCAAAGAAAUCUGCAGUGGCAAUUUGUGGAACCACGAGGGAGUUGGGUUCAUUUCGGGUCCUAUUUUCCCGGGCCCGCGAAUAGGAGAAUCCACCCAAAGCCGCACUGCCAAUUUGUGGAACCACGGGCAAACUAGGUUCAUAUCUGGCUCCAUUUUUUGAAGGGUAAGAGAAGCGCCUUCGAGCGUUUCAAAAGAAACGCGCUUUCAAUUUGUGGAACCACGACCGGCUUAGGUUCUUUUCCGGGCCUUUUUUCCAGGCCUGCGGGAUGGAGGACCGAUGCUUGAAAAGCAGCAAUUCUAAUUUGUGGAACCACGAGCGAAGUAGUUUCGUCCGAUAUCUUAUUUUCCCCGGGCCGCGGGAUGAGGCGCAUUCGAAAUGCCACGUCUUUAAUUUGUGGAACCACGACCGGAAUAGGUUCUUUUGGGGUCCUCUUUUCCGGGCCCUGAGGCUGGAAGAAAGGGGCAAAGAAAUCUGCAGUGGCAAUUUGUGGAACCACGAGGGAGUUGGGUUCAUUUCGGGUCCUAUUUUCCCGGGCCCGCAAAUAGAAGAAUCCACUCAAAGCCGCAUUGCCAAUUUGUGGAACCACGGGCAAAUUAGGUUCGCUCUGGCUCCAUUUUUUGAAGGGGAACAGAAGCGCCUUCGAGCGUUUCGAAAGAAACGCGCUUUCAAUUUGUGGAACCACGACCGGCUUAGGUUCUUUUCCGGGUCUUUUUUCCAGGCCUGGGGGAUGGAAGAACGAUGCUUGAAAAGCAGCAAUUCUAAUUUAUAUUUAUGGAACCACGAGCGAAUUACCUUCGUUCGAGGUCUUAUUUUCCCAGGGCCGCGGGAUGAGGCGCAUUCGGAAUGCCACGCUUUUAAUUUGUGGAACCACGACCGGAUUAGGUUCUUUUGGGGUCGUCUUUUCCGGGCCCUGGGGCUGGAAGAAAGGGGGAAAGAAAUCUGCAGUGGCAAUUUCUGGAACCACAAGGGAGUUGGGUUCAUUUCGGGUCCUAUUUUCCCGGGCCCGCGAAUAGGAGAAUCCGCCCAAAGCCGCACUGCCUUUUUGUGGAACCACGGGCAAAUUAGGUUCAUUUCUGGCUCCAUUUUUUGAAGGGUAAGAGAAGCGCCUUCGAGCGUUUCGAAAGAAACGCGCUUUCAAUUUGUGGAACCACGACCGGCUUAGGUUCUUUUGGGGUCCUUUUUUUCGGGCCCGAGGGAGGCAAGAAUGGAGUCUAAGAAUGCCGUGCCUCCAAUUUUUGGAAGUACGAGCGAGUUAGGUUCAUUCAGAGGCCUCUUUUCCCGCUCACGCGGAUGGCUGUGUGCUUCUUCUUAAUUUGUGGAACCACGGGCGAAUUACUUAGGUUCAUUUCGGGCUCCAUUUUGUGAGGAUGAGAAAUGGUACUGCCCGAAGACAUCUACAUCUAGCGCGUAUUCAAUUUGUGCAACCAUGACCAUAGUAGGUUCAUUUUGAAAUCCAUUUUGUAGUGGGGAAAGUGUAUACGAAAAUAGGCUGUGCUCUUUUCAUGUGGGAUAUUCCGCCCAACCGCAGGACCCGAACCUCGCGCCGCGGCUAUCAAGUGAAAAUCAGUGUCUCGGGUGUGGUAUCAAAUGUAAAAAUGUCUGGGUCUGGAAACUUGUGAUGCUAAAAUGUGGAUGAUGGAAACAGUUCCGAAUGCAACCCAGCAUGACAACUUUCCAGAGCGCUUUCUCAUACGCAAUCCGCAUCAGGAACUGCGUUUUUGCAUGUACAAAAGAGGCUGCGACUUCUGUUGGUUAUGCAGCACAGAAAGCUAGCAUUACAACUUCCAACCAUUCAGACCCAGACAUUUUUGCAUUUGAUAUGUGGAAGAUUUCAAGAAUUGCCAUGCACCUCACGGACCACGCACAUGGUCUGGAAUGCGAUGUCGCCAGAAGCAUGAUCACAGCUUUAUCUAGCGUUUGUGCGUUACAGAUUUUUGAUGUGGUCAAGACUUCGCAUGACACCCUGCAUCCUUCCACACAUGAUCCGGGGAUAUUUGCAAUCCAUACUGCCCUCCGCUCAACGACGCUGCCGCGGACCCGCUAGUAGACAUCGUGCACCAGUUCCCGAAUCAGGCCGUCUGGUUCUAUGCAGUGCAAAUACGUCUGGGUCGGGAAGAUUUCAAGGUUUGUCAUGCGUGAUUUGCAUGACCCAUGAUGCCUGUAAUGAAUGCCCCAGCAUCACAGAUUUUUAGAACGCUUCCUGUAGUUACCGAUUCCGCAUGAGAAAUACACCCUCCGCGUAGCACGCGCUGGACUCCUCUUGCUGGUCAUGCAAUCCAGCUUUUUCUAGAAUCGAAAGACACCAGCAUGACAAGUUCCAACCUUCCAGACCCAGACAGAGUUGUAAUGCAUAGGUUCAUCAAAAUCGCGAUGAUUUUCGGUUCCGUCAUAUCCUGAGUAAAAACGUCCCCACCCCAUAGUUGUCAUGCAGAUUUGCAAUCACAGGAAGAUUUGUAAUGUGCACCCCCAUGAGAGGCAUUUUCAAUCGUGUUUUGGACUUUGUAAUACUGUAAACAGGAUGAGUAGAUGGCUUUGUGAUGUGGCUGCACGUGCGAGACUGCACUACCUUACGGACUGAAGGUUGUCAUGCGUGACUCCCAAAACUCCUAGGUUUGUGUUGCAAAAUCCCCUUCUUGACUCUGGUGAUGUGGGGACGUUUUUACUCAGGAUACGUCACGGGCGUUUUGGUGUCCGUCCCAUGCACGGCCUUAUCGCAAGAAAAAAGUGUUACAGUUACACAUUGUGUUGCAGGCCAAGCAAGACAGACCAGCUCUGUCAUGCCGGAUACGCAUAGAAGCCGCGUUUCAUAGGUGUUUUCCCGUAGAAUUUCUGCAUUACAAGUUUUCUCUCUACUUAUGCAGAGAAAUUUGUGUUGCUGAAUUGAUUACAAAUGUGUAACUGUAACACUUUUCUCCUGGGAUAGGCCUUCCUACUGCUCUACUGGAGCCGCUGCUCGGAGUGCAACCGGCCGCUGCACUACUGGAUCCUGAUACACACCUGCUAUCAAUAGGAAAAAUUCCCCCUUUUCAUACAGAAAAAGUACAUUUUUGGAAAUUUGUGAUGCUGAUUUGUGGUGACAAAUCGUGUCUGUCUUGCAAGAAGGCAAGUCCGCAGGCUCCGCCGCAUUACGCAGGCGGCUUGUCAUGCUGUUGGGCCUACAGCGCGGAUGUUUUUCCUGCUAAGUGCCUAAGCCAGAACCUCGCUCCUCGCAAUUGAUGCGGGCCUUCAGGGCUCUCCAGCAAGACAGCGCGGAUUUUUGUACACAAAUCCAGCACGAGAAAUUUCGUUUUGAUAUGGUGAGGGGGGACUCUUCCUUUCGAUACCUGCCUGCUCGUGUUCCAAACGCCGGUAUUUUGGCCAGUGGUGUAGUUUUUGAUGAAAAAAAAUUUUUAGAAGCAAGCGAAAAUGAAUGUACAGCAAGUAGCGAAGCGCAAAUUGUGCGUUAUAUUCUGCAAUUGAACCAUCAGGUCCGCGUCGUUUUCUGCUAUUCCAUUAUGGCGGAGGAACGCGCUGGUAGCGACCCUGGGCGGUUGGAUAUGAUGAUGAAACUGAGUGAUAUACUAAUCGGAAAUUUGUGUUUGUGAUGCGGAUUUUAGCACGAUUACAACAUUUGUCAUGCGCUACAACGCAUUCCGAAUUUCCCUUUCCGCGUCGCUUAUUAUGAUCAUUCUGUUUCAACCUCAUACCCCAGCAAUUGGUUCGGAGGCUAACUUCCGCGCGGGUACGACGAUGCACAACUCCCCCUCCCCCUUAUUUGUCAUGCAAAGUACCAGAUCCACACCUUGCGUCUUGGCACUCUUUACAUGACAGAUUCUGGUAGCCCAAAUUGCAGCACUACACUUCUCUGGUGCAAAUUUGUCAUGCAAAACCGGCACUCUUGCUGAUGCUUGUAUUCCUGUUCAUGCUAUACAAAUGAGGAUCAAGGGGGGUUGCGCACUCUCAUAGCGGGCGUGGAAAAUGUCGAAGCUCAUCUCUAUCGCGACAUACCUCUGGUUCGUGUAUGGAAUGCGUGUGAAGAACUACUCGAUUUGUGCAGCUGUUUGUCAUGCAUAGUAGCAGUUACACUACAGCUCCUGUGACGUAUCGUUGUAGCUUCCUGAACAGGAAUACCAUCACAAGCAUCACAAAAUUCAGUUCUUCAUUGAAAGUCUAUACCUCCCUGGGUUUAGUGUGGGUGCUGAACAGCUCGCAUUGCCCCCAGUGUCCGGGCUUGUACAGGUAUAGUGUGAAAAAUACGUUGGAUGUGUUAUGCGGAAAAAUACGUUAACUGUCGAAAGCAUCAUCCCCUCCAUCAGGCAGCUACAAUUUUGUUUGUCAUGCACCAUGCGCAUAGGACUGACAAUGAAUUUGUGUUGCGAGUUCAGAAACGAAAAUGAACGACAGGUUGGUGAUCGCUGUCAUUCUUACCGCGAUUAUCCGGCUGCUGGUGACGAUAUCAAAACUGUGCACCACUAGUUCAUCUCUAGUAUAGUAAGGUUCCGAAGUUUGUCAUGCAUGUUCAGCGUUGCAAAUGGACAAUCGGGUUCGAGGCAUAAUGGAGUAGGCAUUCUCGCAUGAAAAACUUGUGUGAAGAACAACCGAUCACUCCAACUAGAGGAACUUUCGCCCUCGCAUACUCUCUCGUCUGCUUCUACCAGUGCUUUCCCAUCCGCCCGAGAUUGAUGAACCUCGGCUUCCUCCAGAGACCCCAGCGGCCGGUCGGCAUCACGGAUGAGCAACUGGAAAUGCUCGGUCAGUGGAAAUACACGACGUCUUCAUCAGCGAGCGGUUCUACUGCAGAGGCAGCAACGUCGUCGACGUCCUCGGGUAGCGAUAACUCCAGUACCGAAUCGGAUCGUACAAAAGGGUGUGUGAAUAAACCCAACUCCGCGACGACGGAUCAAGAGCUGCAAGUCACCGAGACGACCGGAGAAAAGGUCCAGCGAACUCCAAAAACCCCAACAGCCGCCGUAAACGGCCGAGCAGACGAGGACUCGGGGGUCGGCAGAUCAGCAGUGGACGAGCAGCGACAAGGCAGCAACGGGCAGAAGGAACAAGAACAUGCAGCGGAAGUGCAAAAUAUUGAACCUGCUGGUGCGACAAAGUCAUCAAGUACUACGACUUCUACAUCGACAGACCUGGUACAACUCGCAGGGGCUGGAGCAGUGGAGCCGGCGGGGACCACGUCUACCACAACCAAAACCACCACCGCUCCCUCCUCACCAGAUGACAUCACGUCGUCAAAAGCAACAGGUGCUGCUGUCGCAGAAAAAUCAAGUCAGGUAGACAAUACGGCGUCGGAGAGGAGAGCAGAAAGUACUAGUAACACUGAGACAGGAAAACAAGAUGAAUCCUCCGGGAAAUCCUCUACGGCAGGUAGUAACACACCUCUAUCAAAUGCAAAAAUGUCUGGGUCUGGAAGAAUGCAGACUUGUCAUGCAUAUUUUGUGUGAUGAUUAAUGCCUCUAAUGCAUGAACUAGCAACGCAGAUUUUUAGAGGGCUCCCUAAUGCCUAUUCCGCAUGAAAAAUACCCUCUCCGCGAAACACAAACAGGAGUCCUGUUGCUGGUCAUGCAAUACAGAUUUUUUUGGAAUCCAGAGACAGCAUUACAAGUUGCAUUCUUCCAGACCCAGACAUUUUUGCAUUUCAUAACCUCCGCAGCUAAACCACGACACGUGCGCGGUGUGCUUGUCGGAAUUUGCGGACGGCGACAUCGUGCGGACGCUCCCGUGUGCGCACAUCUUCCACCAACCCUGCAUCGAUAAAUGGCUGAAGAAGAACCGAUAUGGAUUGCAAAAAUGUCUGGGUUUGGAAGAUUCCAACUUGUAAUGCUGUCUUUGGAUUCCAAAAAAAUUUGUAUUGCGUGACCAGCAACAGGAGCCCAGUUUGUGUUACGUGGAGAGGGCAUUUCUCAUGCGGAAUAGGCAUUAGGAAGCCCUCUAAAAAUCUGUGUUGCUAGAUCAUGCAUUAGAGGCAUCAACCAUCAUACAAAAUAUGCAUGACAAGUCUGCAUUCUUCCAGAUCCAGACAUUCUUGCAUUUGAUAACCGAAAGUGCCCACUUUGCCUCCAGGAUGUCUUGGUCCUGUUGGAGCGGCGGAAGAAAAAUGAUUGAAAGAGAAUUUCAGCUGAAUAUGUUACCUCCUUACCGCACGUUUUGUUACGCUACCAAGCCAAGCGGGAAAGUACUUCUUAGCGGCUACUAGUAGUCUUAUCUUCUUCUUUUGCUCUAGCCAGCACCAGUGCGCGUUUUGCGCGCUGAACCGGUAGUGUUAAAACCAGGUCUUCCAACCACGUCGUGAAAACAAGACACAAAGAUACAGACACGCGAAUGAAGUGGAACUUGAAAAGAUGAUGCGAGUAGUAGAUUUUGGUCUUCACUUUACUUUUUGAAUCAAACCGGCACGUGCUGACAG